CAUUAUAAAUGCAUCAAUUAUCUUCACCCAUUUUAUUUCUCAGACGAGUUUUAAUUAUUUUUAAUAUAGAGAAAAUGAUCUUUUGCAUGCUACCUAUAUUAAUAAAUUUAAUAGAAAUUUAGUUAGAACUUUAAAAUAAUAUACAUACAAAUUAUUGGAACAUUCUAACUGUAUACUUACUUGAGUACAUGGUAAUGUCAAUAAGUAUUGAUAAGCCACGGUCAAGCAAUUAUAUGCAUUACUAUAUAAAUUAUAUUUUAAAAGAACAUCUGGGUUUUAGAUUCUGAGCGAAGCGAUGAAUGUAUUGAUUUUAUAAAAAUGUGUUUUUUUUUUAUUUUUUCAUUUUUGUGUGCACGGAAAAAAAAAUUACUAUAAAUCUGUAGUUGGAAAGAAGUUAGUUGAAUUAACUAGUUUAGAGUUAACAUAAUCAAAAAAAUGUAUUAGAUUCAACUAAACAAAAAUAGUCGAAAAAUUUAAAUAAACUGUGCUAUAAAUUAUAAUAUAUAGUUGUAUUAUCUAUUAAAUUAGUUAUAAUACUGUUUAAUCGAAGUGAGAUGUUUCUACUAUAAUUUAACUAUAAUUUAUAGUUGUUUCUAUUGUAAUUUGUAGCUGGAAAUCCUGUAAAUAUUCUAUUUAUACAUUGUGUGCCAUCGUUGUGGCGUAGGCUUUGGAACGCGGGUUGCGGGGGUCACUGGCCGGUUUCGUGUCGCGUACUAUAAUAACCGCCACUUCUAUGUCUAUGGUAAAUUUGAUUUGAUCAUUUUUCGUAAUUUAUAAAACAUAACCUACAAAGUACAAACUGAACCUGGAAGUUCGCUGUUCGGACGUCUAUUUUUGCCGUUGACUUGUUAAUUUAUUAUUGUUGUUCGUAUUCCGAUGGUACUUACUAGUUACUACCUAUAGUUCGUUAUUCAUUUGCCCGUUUUCGGCUUUUUCUUCUAUAACCUUAUAAGUUAGAAGGUAAGUUUAAUUUAUUUUAUUAUUUUUAUGUUCUCUGCUACUCUGCCUGUAAGCCCUGUAUAGUAUGAUGCCUAGACAAGUUAGUAAUUAAUUAGGUACUAACUAGAUAAUCAGUAGGACGUAGGUAUUUAAAUAAUGCAAUUCAAGCGGUCGGUAGGUAAAGUUAAUAAAAAUAAUAUGAUUAUUAAACCAUUUGACCUUUAUUAAAUAAAAUGUUUGGUUUGAUGUGAGGAAUUAUUAAGGAGCAGGGUCUGGAUAAAAUGCUGGUAAAAAUACUAUAAUAUAUACAUUUAAUACAUUAAUUGUUUUUACAUGUCAUAAUCAAAUAGUAGUUUUAACUUAGUUGCAAUCUUACAAACAUAAUAACAUUUCUAAAUUUUCUAGACCUAAUUAACAUUGCUUUACUAGCAUUAGGUACCUACCUAUUAGGUAUUUAAAUAAAAAUUAUCAUUUUUGGAAAGUGCUACCGUUUAAUCACUUAAAAUAUGUAGGUACCCUCUUCAGAUUUUCCUUAGAAGUAUAUGUGUUCUUUUACAUAAUGUUCUUAUUUUAAAGUCAUUAUUAUUAAUAUUAUUGAGUAAUCAGUACCUACCUUAGUAUUUAGUUUUUUUUUUUUUUAAAUUCAACAUGUGCCUUCAGUAAAUAGGUAGUUACCUACCAUAAAUAACCAUGAGUUUUUUUAUGUAUUUUAAGUGGGUAGGUACCUACUUAAUUAUUUUGAAUAUUAUUUUUUAUAUAAUUCUAAAUUAACUUUACUAUAGGAAACCUAUUUCACUGAUUGCAUAAUGUAGAAACAAAAUAUAAUAUAGAUUAUUGACAAAUAUGCUGCUCUCUCUUAAAGGAUAAGCUUGGUUCCUAAGUGCAAAAUAUUUUUCCCAUACUUUUUAUAGGUAGGUACCUAUAAUUAACACCCACUGGCUACUACAUAUACAAAUUAAAAUAUUUUGAGCUAUAAAAUUUGUAUUAAUUUAUUUUUAAUUUUCAUAAAUAUUACUAUUCUAUAUUGUACCUACCUGCUGCUUAUGAGCAUUCUAACUUUAAGAUUCUGAAUUAAAUAUUAUUCUUACACCAUACAACUAUUUUCAGAUACCUACUAAAAAUGGAUCAAUUUACCAAUGAUUGGUUAAUAUCUAUUGGUUUAUCUAAUUUAACUGUUCGGUUUAAAGGUAAAUAGACAACGCUGAGUAACAUGUAUAUUUUUACUAAGAGUAUAACUGAUAGUUUAAUUAUGACUGUAUUUUUUAAUAGAAGAGGAAAUUGAUAUGGUUGCAUUAUUAGGAUUAACUGAAAUUAUGGUAUGCGAAUUAAUUCCUAAAAUAGGUCAGCGAUCCAAAUUUUCUCAGCAUCUAAAACAGCUAUUAAUCAACGAAAAAGUAAAUACACCAGAAGAUAUUACUAACGUAGAUGAUAUUAAUAGCAUGGAAAUGAUACUACUUGAUUCAAGCAGUCACAUUUUGAACGAUAUAGUUGAAGAGCCAAAUGCUAGCGGAUUGUUAAGCCACAUAGAUAUAGGGAAUGAAGGCUUAUAUGUUAAAGAACUACUAGAGACAUUUCAAGAUGGCUUAAUGGUUAUGACAUUUUACGAUACUAACAAAUUUUUGAAUGCGUCAAUGAGAAAUCAAUUAUCUACCGUAUUAAUUAAAGCUGAACUACAUAAGCAAAAAGAUACCAACAAAUUAGAUAAAUCAACAUUUUGUAAACUAUCAAAAGGCAUUGAACAGUUAUUUCAUAGUGAAACUCAAUAUUCUUAUUUUAUUCCUUAUAAAAAAGAAGGUUCAAAAAUAAGUCCUAACAGGGGAAAAUUAUACGACAAGUACUGCAAUAUAAAAAAAGAAAUACAUAAAAUAACACCAGUGAUAAAAAGAAAAAAUGUUGAAGAUCAUGUAGUUGGCUUGAACAAUGAUGAAGAUACAGAUGAUGAUAUAAACGAUGCACUUUGUUGGCUUCAAAAUAACUCGGAACCAGAUACUACAUUAUUUGAAUUGUGGAACAAAACUAGACAGUAUCGGCUAACCGGACAAAAUAAAAAUAAUGGGAUGAAAAAACCAACUGGCUAUUUACUGAUUGAUAUUGAUUUUAAAUUUCUUCAUCCUAACAAGGAUAUGUGCCUCCUCCAAAAAUUUGAUAUAUUUAAAGUUCAGUUACAAAAAUAUCUCACAAGUAGAAAUGUAAGCCUUGGAGUGAAACAACAUGAAAUUGUGACAACAUUUCUUGGUACCAAUGAAAGCGAUUUAGGAAGAGAUUUUGCUGCUAUUCAAUUAAUCCCAUUUUUAAUAAAACCUGUUAUUUUUAAAUUGAAGACUAAAUCAUUUCAACCAUCUAUAGUGAACAAGCUUCAGCAGUAGUUACAAAUAUUACAAAUGUAAAUGAUCUCAACAAUAUUAAAAGCCAAAAGGUGGAAAAAGCAUUCUCAUUGGGAUUAACUGUUCAGCCGUACAUAGUAAUUGUUGAUAACACCAUCUCAUAUACUCUAGUAGCUGAACA